AGCCAUCUAUGGCAUAUUGAUACAGGUAAAACAAAUAUUUAAAAAAACAAGUUUUGUGUCAAACUACUGACUCUGCCAUUAAUUUCUUUCUACUAGGGUAUGGCUAAAUUUUACACAGUGCUACGGUAUCGGCAGUUCUUUGAGGCCAUGUAUAAUCGCUUGGAUAGAUUCCACUAUGAAUAUCGGCAUCAUGAAAAGAAUAACGCAACACUUCUCUUAGUUAUGGGACGGAUUUGUUUAAUGACGAAACUAAUCACGAUACAGUUUGUCGUAUCGAUCAUAAUCCUAACUCUUACUCCCGGUGUACAAUACAUCCUCGAAGGCGAAAAACUAAUGCCAUACGCCAUUAUCAUUGUCUUUACUGACCCGGAAAUUACAUCACAUUUCCUGAUGAAUAUUACCAUACAAUAUUAUCUGCUGGUGGUUGGGCUUGCCGGAUUUAUAGCGGCAGAAAGCAUGUUAAUACUGUUUGUGACCAGUGUGGCUGGAUAUGCCGAUGUUUUGAAGAAUAAGAUUGAUGAAAUGAAUGACGUCCUGCUGGAAGCAGAGAACUCCAAGGAUCGCACUGCCGUCAAAUUAAAAUUGCGUGAGAUACUGCUGCUUCAUCAACGCGUUUUGGAGUAAUUAUGCAUUUUUCUUCUAGAAGUGAAUGUUUUCUUUUAUUGUCCACUCACUCCUUCCAAUGUUUUAGGUACGAAAAUGAUCUUGAAAAGCGUUACUAUCUCAACAACUGGGUACAAGUAGCAUCGAUCGUUUUCAAUCUGACAGGUGCUUUGUUUGGUUGCUAUGUGAGCAAUAGCUUCACCAUGUACGCACUAGCGAUCGCGGUAGUAAUUCAACUCUUUGAGCUCUGUCUCCUGGGAACUAUCCUCAGUAUCAAGGUUAAGAUAAGGUUCCGAUGUAUCAUGUACCAAACAUUCAUUAUAUUCAUUGGUUCUCCUUUAGAAUGAGGA